GUCAGAAUACAUAGAUGAUGAUGCUCUCAUCCCCAAAAACACAUCGGUCAUCAUCAGACGGGUCCCUGCGGCUGGCCUGAAGUCCUCCAACAGAAGAUUUGUUGGACAUCAAGCUGGACCAUCAGCUAAAUCUUCUCAAACAGGUGAUUCUUCACUCCUCUCACUGGAGCAGCUGUUGAAGGUUUCAGAGUCGACUCACCUACGACUCGCUCCAGUUUGAGGGCCUCAACAUCACUGUGGGAGAGCUGAAGCGGCAGAUCAUGAGGCGCGAGAGGCUGAAGUUCUGCCAGCUGAAGAUCAGCAAAGCCCAAACUGAUGAAGAAUACACAGAUGAUGAUGCUCUCAUCCCCAAAAACACAUCUGUCAUCAUCAGACGGGUCCCUGCGGCUGGACUGAAGUCCUCCAACAGAAGAUUUGUUGGACAUCAAGCUGGACCAUCAGCUAAAUCUUCUCAAACAGGUGAUUCUUCACUCCUCUCACUGGAGCAGCUGUUGAAGGUAUUGAACAAAUGAUUAAUUCACCCCACUGUGCUGCUCUGUAUUGAACUGCAGUGUUUGCAUUUGAGGAGUCAUAAUGACAUGUAGUGCAGAAUAUCAAUA